AUGGGGAAGUCGGAUUUCCUCAGCCCCAAGGCUAUCGCCAACCGCAUCAAGUCCAAGGGGCUGCAGAAGCUGCGUUGGUACUGCCAGAUGUGCCAGAAGCAGUGCCGCGAUGAGAAUGGCUUCAAAUGUCAUUGCAUGUCUGAGUCCCACCAGAGGCAAUUGCUGCUGGCUUCUGAAAAUCCUCAGCAAUUCAUGGAUUACUUUUCUGAGGAGUUCCGAAAUGAUUUCCUAGAGCUGCUCAGGAGGCGAUUUGGAACAAAGAGAGUCCACAAUAAUAUUGUGUACAAUGAAUAUAUCAGUCAUCGAGAGCACAUCCACAUGAAUGCCACCCAGUGGGAGACGCUGACUGAUUUUACUAAAUGGCUGGGGAGAGAAGGUCUUUGCAAGGUUGAUGAGACUCCAAAAGGCUGGUAUAUUCAGUAUAUCGAUAGGGACCCAGAGACUAUUCGCAGACAACAAGAACAAGAGAGAAAGAAGAAACAGGACCUUGAUGAUGAAGAAAAAACUGCUAAAUUCAUUGAACAACAAGUUAGAAGAGGUUUGGAGGGGAAAGAACUGGAAAUGCCAGUCUAUACUGAACUGAACAGAGAAAAUGAAGAAGAAAAAGUUACAUUUAAUUUAAACAAAGGAGCAAGUUCUUCAGUAGCAGCAUCUUCUAAAACAAGCAGUGUCCUUGGACCGAAUGCACUGAAGAAGGUGGAAGGGACAGUUAAAAGAAAAGAAUCAGCUCAUAGCUCUGGUCAGCCCAAAGAGAAAAAGAAGAAAUCCGCACUGGAUGAGAUUAUGGAGCUUGAAGAGGAGAAGAAAAGAAUAUCUCGAAGAGACUACUGGUUGCAGCCUGAAAUCAUUGUAAAAAUUGUAACAAAGAAGCUCGGAGAGAAGUAUCAUAAGAAGAAGGCAGUUGUUAAGGAAGUGAUUGACAAGUACACAGCAGUUGUGAAGAUGAUUGAUUCUGGAGACAAACUGAAGCUUGAUCAGACACAUCUGGAAACUGUAAUACCCGCACCAGGCAAGAAAGUGAUGGUAUUAAAUGGUGGUUACAGGGGAAAUGAAGGCAUCUUGGAAUCUAUCAAUGAAAAGAAGUUUUCAGCGACAAUAAUCAUCGAUUCUGGACCUUUAAAAGGACGCCGAGUUGAAGACAUCCAGUACGAAGACAUUUCCAAACUCGCCUGAGGUGCUGAUUGUGGAUCAGAGAAGAUUUUGGUUCCCAAAUACAUCUUUCUGGCAUCUUGCAGGCAGACACAAGACUCUACCAUGUCAGGGUUUUAAUUGUGUGUGUAUGUAUUUAUAAUGUAUAUAGAAGUUAACCACAGGGAAAUUGAAUUUAUUUAAAGAUCACUACGGAUUUCCUACAUAAAAUGUGGAGAUCUUACCAGUGGAAAUUUUUCAUCUGUUUCUAUAUCAAAGUUUUAAUAUUUUGGUUCAAUUUCCUUUUGUUAAAUACAGCA